CGCAUGUGUAUUUAUAACUAAUUUUUGUGCAGAAUUUCUAUUGAUUGCAUACAAUGUAUUUGCGCUUAUGAUAACAAACACAUUUUUUACCAAUAAAAUUUAAACAGCCAUUAAAAAGAAUUUGAAGUUGAUAAGUUCGAUGAAUUUAUAAGUAAAAAUAGCCAGCAAGUAACAAGAAAAUUCAUAAACAGCUUGCUGAUUAUUGUUUAUAUUUAUUGUAAUUUCGAAGUCCGCUCUAUACGUUCUAAUGAUUUUAACUUGUCUGAUUGAUUAUCUUAAACGUUGUCUCCAUUGAACCCAUCCUGGCACAAUUCAUUCAAGAAGUGGCAUUAAGAGCGACUCAACAUGUUGGUCUACGUUAUCGUAAGCCUCAUUCUGGUAGCCGCCAGUUUACUGGUGAGGUGCCAUAGAAAAUGGCUGUACAGGGUGAUUAAAACGCUCCCUCGAGAUGCCAAAAAUCUCCACGUUAUCUUCAAGCUGUCUUCCAAAUUGAAACAUUGGAGCAAACAGGAGGACACUGUGCCCACAAUUUUCACCAAACUAGCCAAGGAACACCCAGACAAAACCGCCCUUAUCAUCGAUGGGCGCCGGUGGAGCUACCAAGAGCUGGAAACGUUCAGCAAUCGAGUGGCAAACUUCUUCAAGAGCCAGGGAUACAAGAAGGGCGACGUCGUCGCUUUGCUAAUGGAAAACCGGCCGGAAUACCUGGGACUUUGGCUCGGAUUAGCCAAGAUAGGAGUGGUCACUUCGUUGAUCAACUCCCACCUGUUGUCCACUCCUUUGACCCACUCCAUUUUGGCUUCGCACAAUAAGGGGCUGAUAUAUGGAAGCGAUUUUCGCCAAGUGGUGGAGGACAUAAAAGAGCAAAUCCAGCAGGUUGUGCUAUACGAGUUUGGGGGCGAUGGCGAUGCAACAGACUUGAAAAAGCAGCUAGAAGCCAGUCCAUCUAGUUUGCCAGAGGAAGUCUUCGGCUUGCGCCAGCAAGACCUGCUGUUCUACAUGUACACGUCUGGAACCACCGGGUUGCCGAAGCCAGCCAAAAUUCCCCACACUCGCUUCAUUCUAAUAGCCACCACAAUGAAUUUCGCUCUAGACCUAAGCCCCAGCGAUGUGCUCUACAGCCCGUUGCCAUUGUACCAUGCUUCAGCGGGAGUUUUCUCUGCUGGCCAAGCACUGCUCUUUGGCAUAACUUUCGUGGGCAGAAAGAAGUUUUCUGCGAGCAAUUUUUGGACGGAUUGCCAGCAGUACAAGUGCACAGUCGCGAAUUACAUUGGCGAGGUUUGCCGAUAUCUGCUAGCUGCCCAUAAACCGGGCACAACAGUCCAGCACAAUGUGAUGAAAAUGUGCGGAAAUGGACUCAGACCGCAGAUUUGGCAGCAGUUUAAGGACACAUUUUCCAUUGGGCAAAUCUACGAAUUUUACGGAUCCACUGAAGGAAACGCAUUUUUAAUCAGCAUGGACGGAAAACUGGGGGCUGUGGGAUCAGUGCCUCUAUGGGGAAACUGGUUGGUUUCAACCGUGCUAAUCCAGUGCAAUGAGAAUACUGGCGAGCCAAUCAGGAACAGGCAAGGACUCUACAGCAGGUGCAAACGUGGGGAACCGGGGUUGCUGGUGGGGAGAAUCGUCCAACAAGGCUACAAAUCCUUCCAGGGCUACCUGGACUCGAGUGCCACCGAGCAGAAAGUCCUCAGGGACGUGCUGGUAAAGGGAGACGCUUAUUUCAACACCGGGGACAUCCUGGUGGAGGAUGAGUAUGGAUAUUUGUACUUCAAGGAUCGCACUGGGGAUACUUUCAGAUGGAAGGGCGAAAAUGUGGCCACCAAUGAAGUGGAGGCAAUUGUAAGCGAAGCGAUUGGACUGAAAGAUUGCAUGGUCAUCGGAGUGCAGGUGCCAAACACAGAGGGACGAGCUGGAAUGGCAAUCAUCGAAAGCUCAGAAGACACGAUAGGAGUGCAAUCGCUGGCGAAAGUGCUGAAAAGCAAACUUCCCAGCUAUGCGAUUCCGUUGUUUCUGAGGACGGUGCCAACGCUGCCCAAAACGGCCACUCAGAAGUACAAGAAGCUCGAGUUCGAGAAGCAGGGAUUUAAUGUCACAAAAAUACCCGAUACGAGUGUGUUUGUCCUAGAUUUGAAAUCUUUAGAUUAUGUUCCAUUGACUAGAGAUAUGUACGAUGAUAUCAUGCUGGGUAGAAUUAGGCUAUGACUUAUGCUUGUAUAUACUAUAACUGAUUAAUUAAGGAAGCAAUAAC